UUGAUAGUUUUACACCAGUAUUUUUUUUCAGAUAGUCGCUUUAUUGGCUUUCAUUUCGAUAGUGAGCCGAAAAGUACCACGGUAGCUGAUGGUCUAUUAUUAUUGAAUUGUCAGUACACUGUUGAGGUAGCAAAUAUAAAAGAUGUUCGAUUAGAAUGGAGGAAAGAUGGUUCCCCGAUCAAUGUCAAAUCUAGCAGUAGGAUGCAACUUUUUUCAAACGGUUCGUUGUUCAUUCACGAAGUAACGGCAAGCGAUAUUGGUUCAUACCGCUGUGUUGUCCAUGCAACAUCAAACGACGGUUUCACUUGGACGUACAUGAGCCGAAGAUCAGUUGUUAGAUUGCUGGAUCUUCCAAGAUUCGAGGUUCAACCAACCGACCGUACAGUUGCGAAAGGUCAGCCGGUAGUUUUCCAGUGCAUUACGUUGGCUAGACCACCUCCUGCAGUUGUUUGGUAUCACAACAACAGACCUAUUCGGAAUGGUGGAGACUACCAUGUACUACCUGUUUCGAGUUCAUUGGAAAUCUCGGCUGUCCAAGCUCAGCAUGAAGGAGAGUAUAAGUGUGUGGUGGAAGGAGCGGGAAAACGGAGAACUAGCAGUACUGCGCGUCUGCGUAUUGACACCACCACAUCACACGAACUCACCUUUCUUUCAUCACCCCGUGUUCAAGCCGCAAAAGAAGGUGACGAUGUAGUCCUGGAAUGCCUUGUUAGCUCUCAUAGCUCUACAGAAGUGCGAUGGUUAAAGGAUACACGUCAGGUCUUGUAUGAUGGUUUAAGAAUACGACGUGUGGGGAUCUCAUCUCUUCUUCUUUCCAACGUAGUCGAGUCUGAUUCGGGUUUGUACACAUGCAGAGCAAGUAAUACACAUGAUUCUCUGGAUCGAACAGUUGUUGUACAUAUUGCUGCUGAACCUAGACUAACUUUACGACCAGAGAACAAAGUGGCAUUGGAAACAACUGACGUUAUGUUUGAGUGCUUGUCGACAGGACGUCCGGCUCCAACUAUUUCCUGGUUCAAGAAUGGAGAAGCCAUUGUCGCUAGUGACUACUUUGUGAUUGAACCUACAAGAUUGCGUAUCCUUGGACUCGUAAAGGCUGAUCAAGGUGUGUAUCAGUGCUUCGCGGACAACGAAGCCGGAAGUGCACAGGGUUUCGCCCAAUUGUUGGUCGAUAUCGCAGAUUCUUCGUCUGUUGCUGCUUCUUCCGGUGAACCUUUGAUUGCUUCUGCACCUCUAGGUGUUAAAAUUGGAGCACUUGGUUGUCGGUUCAUUAAUUUGGAAUGGGAUCCGCCACUUGUCCGUAACGGCCGUGUGAUGCGUUAUCAUCGCUUUUUAAUUAGAGAGAGAAUGGUUAACUCAUCAUCCACAUCGGUGACAGUCACUUCGUUGCAACCAAAUACAUUGUACCUGUUACGCGUUGCAGCAGAGAAUGAGGCUGGAGUAGGAAAAGCCAGUGACUACAUUAAAGUUACUACCAAGAAGGAGCAGGCCGUGCCUGGUCGAGUGACUAAUUUGGUUGCUCACGCGAUAGGUCCCGAAACAAUAGAGGUAAAGUGGGAUCCUCCCGAAGGAGGACCAACUGCACUUCGAUACAAACUUUUCUAUGUGAGAAACCCUCCGGAACCUGACGACAAGGAGACGACACUUUUGCAGAUAUCCUCCACGGCAUAUACGUUGCAUGGCAUGGACAAGUUUACGGAGUACCAGAUUCGUGUCGAGGCAGAAGGAGAAAACGGAAGCGGUUUGAGCAGCCAUCCUGUGAAGGUUCGAACUCUUUCGGAUGUCCCUUCUUCCCCUCCUCGAGACAUUGCUGCGGAGAGCUUAUCUAGCAACAGCGUAAGAAUUACGUGGAGAGAGCCAGAUGUAGAUAACUUAAAUAUAAAACAAGAAUGCGGAACACUUUUGUAUUGGAUGCAAACGAGAGGGAAUAUGGGAUAUCAGGUUCAUUCGGUCCUUACUAUUUACUUUUAUAUAAUGCUGAGAUAUUUGCAAAAGUCCGGACCGCAGCACAAAAUAACUGGACUUCGUCCAUCACGGGAGUAUGUCGUCUCAUUACGUGCGUUUAACAAACAGGGUUCUGGUUUUCCGAUCUAUGAAACAGUCAAGACGCUUUCGCCUUCAUCAGUUUCUUUUUUUGGUGGAGCGAUGGCUUCCGAACAACUAAAUACGCCACUUGGCGUUAGCGCUGAGACCUUAUCAGCAACUGGUAUUCGGGUUUCAUGGACAGAAUCAGAUCCCAAUGCUUUCAAUGUGCUUUACACAGUACGGUACAGUACCAGUGCGGACGGUAACCAGAUGCGAUUCGUUAAUGCAUCUGAGUCAUGGGUUAUAAUUGACGGUCUACGCCCUGAUACUGAGUACGAGUUUUCUGUUCGUUCCAUGGGAACCAGCGUCAGUCCGAGGGUUUGUAGGCCUUGGGCGCGGGGAUCGAUCCCAUGCAUGUUGUAG